AUGGAGACGAGAGAAGAGUAGCAAUUAAAUUUGAUUCCAGUAUCUGUUGUAAAUAACUGUGAAUAUGGUGCCGAAUCUUCUUCUUCAUUUCCUUCCAUUCCUCAUUCUUCUAGCAAAGAGAAGCAAAGAUAUGAUUCGCGAUUGAAACUUAUAGGAGAUUCGCCGAUAAAGGCAUUCUACAGAGUCAUCCGUAGCUGGGCUUCCAAAAAGUUUAUGACUGGAUGCGUCAUUUUAGUCCCUAUAGCAAUUACAUUCUAUACAACUUGGUUCAUUCACUUUGUCGAUGGAUUUUUCUCCCCAAUCUAUAAGCAUCUUGGGAUCAGCAUAUUUGGUCUUGGAUUUGUGACCUCUAUCACAUUCAUCUUCAUAGUUGGUGUGUUCAUGUCCUCAUGGUUGGGAGCAUCUGUUCUUAGUUUGGGAGAAUGGUUAAUCAAGAAAAUGCCGCUCAUUUGCUAUAUUUACUCAGCUUCCAAACAAAUAAGUACAGCAAUAUCACCGGAUCAGAAAUCGAAGGCAUUCAAAGAAAUUGGAGAAUAUGCAUUUGGCUUCAUCACUUCAACAGUUAUUCUUCAUGGGAGUUCAGCAGGUUCAGAAGAACUUAACUGUGUCUACGUACCCUCCAACCACCUUUACAUUGGAGACAUGUUCCUCAUAAGCUCCAAUGAUAUUGUAAGGCCUAACCUCUCUGUUCGAGAAGGAAUUGAAGUUGUCAACUCUGGUGGCAUGUCCGUUCCUCGGAUGUUGACCACAUUGGAUGAAUGCGUCAAUUGAAGCCAUUGAGAUUGCUGGACUCGGAAAUUCUACAACACGAGUUACAGCGGCUAGCUAAUGGCUAUAUUUCUAGUGAAUCUGUUCGUCGCUUUGUGUGCUCCAGUGCUCUUACUUCUUGGGCAAUUGUAAAGAAAAAGCUAUAAUAAUAAAUGAACUGGUAAAUGUACCAUAAAAGUCAUUGUAAUAAAAAUCAAACUGCAUUUUACUUUUU